AUGGCUCAAACUGUGGCCCAAACUGAGUCUAAAACGUCCUUCAACAAGACGCUGAAAGACCUGGAGGCCGAGAUCACGUGCCUGGUAUGCCAAAGUCACUACAGCGACGCCAAACUCUUGCCCUGCAUGCACUACUACUGUAGGCAAUGCGUCGAGAAACUGUCCAAAUGCGCGGUUGGGAAGAGCUUUCCGUGUCCAGAGUGUCGGGAGGAUACAUUUCUCCCAUCUGACGGCGUAAACGGUUUGAAAAGCGCGUUCUUCGUAGAGAGAAUGAAGGACCUCUUUGCUAAGAUGUCCACUGAGGAAGGCACCACAGAAAGGACGCCUUGCGAGGUUUGCAAGGGGAAAGCGACGCUCUUUUGCCGCGAUUGUGCCCUCUUUUACUGCUCCAGCAAGUGUCUUACCGGCUGCAAAGAGCAUCACGUGUUUCAUCUUGAAAAAGGAGACGCGAGUGGUACAUCAGUCGAUCCUUACCCAAUUUGCCCAGAGCACGGUGAUCACGUGACCGUGUACUGCUUCACUUGUGAAACGGCCGUUUGUCGCGACUGCAUUGUUUCCGGGCACAGUGGCCACACUUUUAAUGCCCUAAAAACAUGUGCCCUCGAAAAACGCAGAAACAUUUGCAGUUCCCUCAUUCCCCUGCACAAAACCCAGUCCGAUAUUUUAGACGCACAAAAGAAGGUUAACGAGACGGAAAAAGAGAUCGAGAGGCAAAGUGUGGCCGUAACUCGGUCGAUUCACGAGACGUUUGCCGAACUAAAAUCCAUUCUCGAACAGAGAGAAGUAGAACUGGAGAGUUUAGCAAUGGCGUUUGUGAAGGAAAAGAAAGAUGCGUUGGGUGAGCAAAUGAAAGAGUUGCAAGUGACCGGCACUGAAAUAGAAAGUCUUGUCAAUUUCGCCGAAUCGAUUAUUGAGUAUGUUAGCGACCAGGGAUGA